UGCCCCAAACUGGGUGGUCAAAAACCUUUUUCAUUUCAGUUUGAAACUGGUCAAAUGAAAAAUUAAAUUGUGAGUCUCACAACAAAAGCUAUUUUAACACGGUCACUAUCAUAACUGCAGGGCUGAUGAUCAAAAACAAGUGAGCAUUGGAGCAGGAAACGCCGACAAGACCCCAACUCACCGGAGUAGCGUUCAGGUGUGGGCAUGUGGGGAUCACGGGUGGGAGCCACAGUAGGGUCGGAAGGCGUCGGGGUGGAUGAUUCCUGCGAGGAAGAUGCGGAGGAGAAGUGAAGCCGUGUGAGCAUGGUCCCAACGGAGUUCACGGAAUUAACAAGUCCUUGGAGGGUCUGGUCUUGUUGUCCUAUCAGGUUCCCUUGCCUCGCAAUGGCGUGGCGGAAUUCGUUUGUCUCCGUGGGGUCCAUUGUUUAAUGGCCAGUUCGUUCUGUUACGAUACGAGACCGUUGGACCCCAGAGCGGAGGCAAACACAGAGCACGGAGGUGGUGCGUUCAAUGACGUUUAUUUAACGUGGGACAAGGUAGAUAGACGGGGUGCUGAUGGCUCCGGGAGUUCUUCAGCGCAGAGGAGAAGCAGGAGGCCAGGACGAGGGGGUGCUGAUGGCUCCGGAAGUUCUUCAGCAGGAAGGAGAAUCAGGUGAGCAGGAUGACGGGGUAGCUGCAGGACAGGAGAACAGACCCGAGGAUUAACGGAGAGAAUAACCACAGGAGAAUCUGACUAUGAGCCGAGAACGAGAAACUACCACUGUAGUGACAAGGACGAUCUGGCGACGACUCUGCGCCCAGCCAGGGCAGAUAUAGUGAGCAGUUGAUGAGUGCAGGUGCGCCUGGUGAGCCGGGUCAUCUAGUGAGACGAGCUGCACCUGCGGGAAAAGGAGAGAAGAGAGGAGGAGGGGCACAGAGAACUGUGACAGAUACGCUCUUCAUUUUCUGAUCCUCCUUCUAUAAUCACACUUCCAUCAAUUUCAUCUUCAUCACCCUCGCUCUCCUCUUUCACCCCCCUGUCUCCCAAUCAAGUAAAGACCUUGGUAACCUCCGCCCGCCCGACCACCUGCCCCCUUGACCCCAUCCCUUCUCACAUUCUCCAGUCUAUUGCCCCUGACCUUCUUCCUUUUCUUACCCAUCUUAUCAACACUCGUCAACUGGCUGUUUCCCUAAUUCUCUGAAGGAGGCAAGAGUAAAUCCUUUCCUGGAGAAAUCCACCCUGGACCCGUCUGAAGUAAAUAACUACAGACCCGUCUCUCUCCUUCCCUUUGUUUCCAAAAUUCUUGAGCGUGCUAUCUUUAAUCAACUUUCCUCCUAUCUUAACCACAAUAAUCUUCUUGACCCUCACCAGUCUGGUUUCAAGGCAGGUCACUCGACUGAGACUUCCCUCCUGCAGUCUCUGAGCAGCUUCACACUGCUAGAGCAGCCUCUCUCUCCUCUGUCCUCAUCCUUCUAGACCUCUCUGCUGCAUUCGACAGAGUGAACCACCAGAUCCUUAUUUCCUCCCUUCAGGACCUGGGUGUCUCAGGCUCUGCUCUCUCCCUGCUCUCUUCCUACCUCAUUGAACGCACAUAUAGGGUAACUUGGAGAGGAUCUGUGUCUGAACCUUGUCCUCUCACUACUGGGGUCAAUCAAGGUUCAGUCCUUGGUCUUCUCCACUUCUCUUUGUACACCAACUCUCUUGGCUCUGUCAUUCACUCACAUGGCUUUUCCUACCAUAGCUAUGCUGAUGACACACCCUACUGAUCCUGUCUUUUCCCCGAUUUGAAACACAGAUAGCAGCACGAAUCUCUGCCUGUCUGAUUGACGUCUCUCAGUGGAUGACUGCACACCAUCUAAAGAUUAAGCUUGACAAGACUGAACUUCUUUUCCUUCCAGGGAAAGACUGUCCGCCCACGACCUGACUAUUAACUUUGACAACUCCUUGUAAACCCCCACUCAGACUGCUAAGAACCUGUACGUGACACUCGAUAGCCAACUCUCCCUCACUGCCAACAUUACUGCAAUAACACGGACCUGUAGAUUCAUGCGGUACAACAUCAGGAGAAUACGCCCGCUUCUACUGUAGAAGUGGGCAUAACUCCCUCCUGGCAGGUCUACCUGCUACUGCCAUCCGACCUCUGCAGCUCAUCCAGAAUGCAGCAGCUCGACUGGUUUUUAACCGAAAUUCACUCGCACUACUCCGAUCCUCCGCUCCCUUCACUGGUUACCAGUGGCUGCUCGCAUCCGGUUCAAAACACUAGUACUUGCAUUUCAUGUUGUGAACGGAUCCGGGCCAGUCUACAUCCAGGACAUGGUCAAACGUUACACCCCAGCACGUUCACUUCACUCUGCUUUGGCCAAUUGGCUCGUUGCUCCUUCACUGUGAGCUAAUCACAACUGUUUGCUGUCCUGGCUCCUGAUUGGUGGAACCAGCUCCCCAUCGACAUCCGUACAUCAGAAAGUUUACACAUCUUCCGCCCAAAUUAAAAACACACCUCCUUUGACUAUACCUUGAAUAAAAAAAACUUUAGCACUUAAAUGGCACUUACUUAUAGCCCUUUGCAGUUUUGCUUUAUUUUGAAGAAAUUGUACUUUCUUGAUUGUUGUUGUCCUGGGUCUGUACCCUUGGGGUUUUAUGCACUUAUUGUGAGUCGCUUAAAAUUUAAUAUAAUGUAAUGUCUACCCGGGGAGAGGGCAGAGCACCUUAACCCUGCGAGCUAUCGCUAUCCGGGAAGCCGGGGACCCGGGCCGUCUCUCCCCGGAGCUUGUGAGAUGAUGGUGGGGGGUGGUCCAAGGCCAAGUAGCGAGACUAUGACGUAUUUUUGGGUCGUAAUCCCAUUCGAUCCCAUCUAGCAUAUCGUUUCUGACAGAGAGGAACCACAACAAAUCGCAGGAGUUGUUUUUUUCCAGAGUUUCUGGGACGAUAGACAUGCCAGAUACCCAAAUUAACGUGUAGAAGCACUACAAAAGUGGAAUUUUCAUAAUAUGUCCUCUUUAGAGUUUAAGAUCCAUUUAUUCAUCCCAAACACAUGCACAGACAUGCAAAGGCACACUCAUGCAGGUAAGGAAAUUUAAUCUCUGUUUUUUACCCAUCUGGUGCAGGACAGAUUCCUGUAUUAGUGUGUAAUACUAAUACAGGACGCUAUCACUUCCUGUAUUAGUAUUACACACUAAUACAGGAAUCUGAUGAUGAGCCAAUCACAUUGUCUUUCAAAAUCAUUGACAGUUGAUUAUUUAAAGACCUCAUCAGUUCCCCCCUGAAAGACAAAGAAUCAAUGCUUAAGUCGCACCCACUUUGGGACUUGAAUCCACUACCUCUGGGUUACUGUCCCUCUGCUCUACUGCCUGCACCACCUAGUAUUUAUAGAUCUCACUGCCCUCCAUUCCCCAUCUGGCCCCCCCUCCCCCAGCGCGUGUGUCCCGAACAAAAGUCUCUAACUCAAAAUCUAUAACUAGAAUUACAAGGCUUGGACGAACAAAUAUAUAUCUAUAUUAUUGUUUAGAGUCAUAAAACAAAUCAUCACUGUCCCUGUAACUGAUGAACAGCGCCUCCUGCAGCCACACAUGGUGAACUGUGCUGGUCUCUGUGUCUGAUGAAGUGAAUCAAAUCAACCAAACUGUUGAGAAUUCUUCAUGUUUCACAGUUUCCUGCUGAAUACUGGAGAUAAACUCUGGUUGUUGAUAACUUCAGAGUGUUUCUAACUGAUCUCAGUUCAGCUUCACUCUUCAGCUGCAGCUGGUUGUGUCUGUGACUCUCAGUCAGUUGUUCUCUCAGGAGAUGGAACCCACUCAGCAGAGUCACAGAGAACAGACGCUCAGGGAGAGAAGAGGAAACUUUCUCUUGUUCACACUCACACAUCAAACUCACUUCAUCCAGUUGCUGCUUUCAGGUAGAAACGUUUAAACGUGACCUCUGAAGUUGUUCAGGUUAAUUCCCAGAUGAUCCGAGGUUCCUGCCCCUGGUGACGACUUCUCUAUAAAAGUGAAUCCAGCUCCCGGCUUCAGCAGAAGUUGGUUCUCUCUGUGUUUGAUACCUUCACAGAAACUGAAGGUUGAUGGAAAACUUCACGUUGAACAGCGACACCCUGCAGCUGGAGGGGUUAAAGGUCACCCAGGUUUCUGUCUACCCUGUCUUCUUCUUCUUCUUCCUCUCCUACAUCGUCAUCAACUUAGCAAACAUCGGCAUCCUGGUGCUGAUUUUCAUAGAUAAGAACCUUCACCAGCCCAUGUACCUGCUCUUCUGUAACCUGCCUGUCAAUGACAUCAUGGGAAACUCCAUCAUGUUGCCCGGGGUAAUGUCGGACAUCCUGCGUCCACCCUCCGAGCGCCUCAUCAGCUACUACGAGUGUGUGCUGCAGGCGUUCACCACGCACAUCUACGGCACCACCUGUCACACCAUACUGAUGAUCAUGGCCUUUGACAGAUACGUGGCCAUCUGUAAUCCUCUGCGUUACGCCGCCAUCAUGACCAGCAACAUGGUGGUCAAGCUGACCGUGUCUGCCUGGGGCGUGGCCUUUGUUCUGGUGGGGAUUCUGCUGGGUUUGACCAUAAGACUGAACCGAUGCAGGACUCUGAUCAUGAAUCCUUACUGUGACAACGCCUCGCUGUUCAAACUCUCCUGUGAGAGUGUGUUUAUUAAUAACAUCUACGGCCUCACCUUCACCGUGGUCCUGUUCUCAGCUUCUAUCGGCAGCAUAGUUCUCACCUACGCUAAGAUCACAGUCGUGUGUGUGACCAGUAAAAACCAGUCUCUGAACAGUAAGGCCCUGAAGACCUGCAGCACUCACCUGUGUCUGUACCUGAUCAUGUUGUGUAGUGGAAUGAUUGUAAUUAUUCUGCAUCGCUUCCCUCAGUACUCCGACUACAGGAAGCUGUCGGCCAUUCUGUUCCACGUGAUCCCCGGCAGCUUGAACCCCGUCAUCUACGGAGUCCAGUCCAGAGAGAUACGAACGUUUCUGUCUAAACUGAUUCACUCCAGGAAAGUCUCAUAAUUCUCUCAUAAACACAGUGAAGUUUAAAAUAUAUCAUUUAGAGGAAACCUGCGUCUUCUCUGUUUUUAUCUUUUCAUCAAUGAACCUUUUGUUUAAAGUUAUAAUGAUUCAGGAAA